AGAUUCAAAUAUUUGCGGAGAGAAGAGAGGGGAAUGGGAAUUGGACUGGGCGUGGGUUUACCGCUGAGCAGCGAGAGGAGGUCGCUGCUGCGAUAAAAAGCGUUGGCCAAACAAACCCCAACCCAACGGUUCUCUCUCUCUUUAAAAAUUAUCUUUUUAUUUUUAUUCAUUUUCUGCCUUGUUCUUCAAGGUCAGGUCAGGACAGGGAAGAGUCGUGAACUCCAAUCCAUAAAAAGAAAGGAUACAGGAAAAAGAAAGAAAAAAAAGAAAGAAAAGAAAAUCAUAAUUAUGAUGCUGCAGUUACUCUUCCUCUUUCAAUGAUUAUUAUUUCAUUACGCUUCUCUGAUCUUUCUUUCUUCAAAACUCUCUCCGUUUGUUCGUUAGGGUUUUUCUUUUCCUCCUCCUGCUAUUCCGUUUAUUAAGAGCCAUGCCAACAUUUACUGCCAUAGCUCUAGAUAGGUUGUUAGAACCUGGAACUUCUAAAUCUGCCGACAAGUCUGUUCCUAGUUCCAACCCUGUUACAAAACCAAAGUUACCUCCAAAAUCGAAGCCUGUGCCUAAAUCAAACCUGGAGAGGAGGAAUAGUAUAGCAAGCACAGAGAGGAAAGUUAGUCGUCCUCAAAUAUCACCGGCACUCUAUGCCACUCCUGAAGCAACCCCACUCCCUGAUUCACCUUCUUCAUUUCCUCCUUCACCAUAUAUCAUUAACCACAAGCGACGUGGUCCACGCCUUUUAAAGAGCUUCUCUGAGGAUGAUGUGGCUUCUCGAAGGAAAAACUUGGAUGAGGAAAAGAUUAAUGGGAGAGCAACAAAUGCAGAAAACGAAGUUGUCAAUUCAACAGAAGGUCAUUCUGUUACUUUUUCCAUUGCCAAUUCUGUUGAAGAGAGACAAUCAAAUGGCGUCCGGGAUAGUCCCCAAAAACAAGAGUUUCCAGACGAUUCCUUUGAGGCCUCUAGUGUAAAGGAGCAUAUGAAUGGUCUUUGUUGCAGUGAAUUAGGAGAUAGUAAUGGGGAAUUUGAAAGCAGAAUUGCGAGGAAAGGCUGGGCCAAUGAAAAUGAUGUGACAAAACUUGUUUCCUUGAAUUCGGAAAGAGAUGGUGAGUCUGAGGAUUUCUUUGACCCACAGGAAUCAAUGAGUUACACUAGUAAUACUGAUGGUGAGGACAACUGUGGGGUGGAAAGUUCUAUAAAGCUUGCUGCAACAACACCAGUGGGAGAAUUUUAUGAUGCUUGGGAAGAGCUUUCUUCUGAGAGUGGGCAACAGUCUUCUUUCCGUGACAUUGAAGCAGAAUUGCGUGAAAUGAGGUUGAGUCUAUUGGUGGAAAUAGAGAAGCGAAAGCAAGCAGAGGAAACACUGAAUAAUGCGCAAAAUCACUGGCAGAGGAUGAGGGAACAAUUAGCCCUUGUGGGAUUGACUCUCCCUGCAUUUCCCUUUGCUGAUCCAGAGGGGGAGCUGUCCCUGGAUACUGAUCCCGCAGAAGAGCUGUGCCAGCAGGUUUACCUUGCUAGGUUUGUAUCAGAUUCUAUCGGAAGGGGAAUGGCUAAAGCUGAGGCGGAGAUGGAGAAGGAAGCUCAGAUUGAGGCUAAGAACUUUGAGAUUGCUCGAUUGGUGGACCGGCUUCAUUAUUAUGAGGCCAUGAAUCGGGAAAUGUCUCAGAGGAACCAAGAAGCAGUAGAGAUGGCUCGGCGUAAUAGGCAGGUCAGGAAAGGAAGGCAGCGAUGGGUUUGGGGCUCAAUUGCUACUGUGGUUACCCUUGGCACUGCUGCUUUAGCGUGGUCUUACCUUCCAGCAACCAAAGGAUCAUCUUCCUCUAGUGAUUCUCUUGCUCCUGAGCAUGGUGAUGGAGCUAAGUGAUUUCACAAAGUCAUUCAGAAGUCUGAUGCCAUUUUGUAGAAGCAAAGGAAAAUAAAAGGUUGUACAUGCCACCAUGUUAAUAGCAAGGUCUUUCUUUUUCUAGUUGCAAUUUCCUGUCGGCAGGACAGGGUAUAAUAACAAUGUUAACAGGGUCAUCAUAUCCACCAUUGCUGGCAUCCUGGAGGCAAUGGAUUUUGAUUUUUGAAUUGAUGACCAGGCCCUUUAAAAUAA